AUGAACGAAGAUUUUCGCAAAUACCUCACUACCAAACCAAUUUGGACCAUGCACGAGAUCCAGAACGUCGCCAGAGAUUACAUCAACGACGAGGAGGUUAGCCAGGUCAUCGCCGCCAAUAAACGACAACACGGCAAUGCCCAACACGGCAACAUGGCGCCCCGACACAACCCACCACCCAGAGAAAAUCAGAGGGACCACCCUAAACCAACAUGCACGAACCAACCGCCCAGAAUCAGCAAGUUCUCUAAUUACACACCCUUAACAGCCCCAAUUACCGAGAUAUACCACCAGAUAGCGGAUCGAGGUAUUAUCCCAAAAGCCCGGACACAAGACUGUUUCGACCUUAAAGACGCCCUCGAACAAGCCAUAAGAGACGGCAAGCUCCCAGAGUUCACCAAAAUCAUCAGAGAACCAAAACGCGCGAUAGUGGACAGGUCGCCAGAAAGAGAAGGACGCAACCUGAGAACACAAAAACAACCCCCCAGGGAAAGUCCGGAAGACGACCCAACCAUAAUAGUAAACGUCAUCACAGGCAAAGACAUGUCAGGCAAGUCGAAAUCAACACUGAAAAAAGACCUCAAAGUCCUGGCCGUCAGAGACCAUGCUCCAACCACCACGGCCGACAAAAUGAUAACUUUCCUACCCGAGGACUGCCAGCACGACACCUCCGCCGAAGACGCACCUUUCGUCAUCUCAGCGAGAAUUAGAACGGGACUAGUUCGACGAAUACUGGUGGACACCGGCGCAGAUUCCAACAUCCUUUUCCGAGGAGCCUUCGACAAGCUCGGAUUCUGCAACGAAAAUCUCCAAACACACCGCAACGGUGUCACGGGACUUGGGGACAACUUUCUCAAACCGGACGGCUCCAUCACCCUCCUCCUCACCAUAGGAACAGGCAACCAAAGGAUGACAAUUCUAUCCAAAUUUGUGGUCCUAAAAGAUUCGACCGCCUACAACGUCAUCCUCGGAAGAAAAACAAUCAAUGAUUUCUCUGCCAUCAUCUUCACCAAAUACCUCCUUAUGAAAUUCAUAACGGAAGACGGCUCCGUCGAGACUAUCCACGGAGACCGAGAAGUCGCGGCAGAAUGCGACAACACCAGCCUGGCCUUACAGAAAAAGUCACGCGACGCGGCUGGAAUAUUCCUAGCCGACCUGGACGCCCGACAAGACGGCCAACCUAGGCCAGAACCAGAAGGCGACAUGGAAAAACUACAAGUAGAGCGAACCAAAGACGAAUACACCUUUAUCAAUAGGAACCUCCCAUACGACCUUAAAGAAGACCUCUCCCAAUUCCUAAAACAAAACAGAGACUUGUUCGCUUUUACACCAGCCGACAUGCCUGGGAUUGACCCCGACUUAAUGUCUCACCGGUUAGCCAUGGACCCCAACGCCAAACCCGUAGCAUAG